CAGGGCCUCUCAAAACCCUAAUUCUUGGUUCCGGUUCUGACGUUUUCGGCAUACUUGUUCCUCGCUCUCAAUCUUCUCGCACACAAAGUUCCUGCUUUUCUUUGGGUGUUUCUGGGGUUUCCAAUUCGGUUAUGCGCACGAAAUGAGUGAUUCUAAGUUACUAGUGUUUGGGUCAUUCUCUGAAGACGAGACCAGGUCAUUGCUGCUAAAGCAAUCACCUGUCAAGGGCCUCAAGGCUGAGAACCCUGUGGAGAAGAAUGUAUUGCAGUUUGGGUCUAUAAAUUUUGUUACUGCAAAACCUUCGGUUCAAUUUAAUGGCGAAUCAAGCGGACAGAAAAGUUCUUUGAAAGCGCCCACCAAACUUCAGCCGUUAAUUUCAGUUAAUAAGCAGGAUGAAGUUAAGGCUGUAAAAGCAGUAGAUGGUAAUUUACCUGUAUCGUCAGCAACUCCAGCAGAGAAUGGAUGUACUGAUAAUUAUGUUAAUUGUUCUGCCCAUAGUAAUGGUGUUAAAGAGGUGACAACUGAUAAUGUUAACUUAACCUCUUUGCCUUUAUCCAAGGAUGAAGGUGUUCUCUCCAAUCAAUUUUCAAGUCUGGAAUUGCAGAAUGGCAGUGUUGAUGAUUUGUCUGUUUCUAAGAUUAAGGGGGAACUACAGAAGGCUUCAAAUGCGCCUGUUACAGUUUCUAAAAGCUUAUUGCCUCGUGGUCUAAUCAAUUCAGGAAAUCUAUGCUUUCUAAAUGCAACCCUGCAGGCUCUUCUAUCCUGCUCUCCUUUUGUUCAGCUUCUUCAGGAAUUGAGAACUCUUGAAGUACCUAAGGUUGGCUAUCCGACAUUGAGUGCAUUUGCAGAGUUCGUGUCUGAAUUUGACAUGCCUAGUGGUUCAAGUUCGAAGGACAAAGAUACAAGUGUUCUCGAGACUGGUAGGCCUUUUAGCCCUGCCAUGUUUGAAGGCGUUCUUAAAAAUUUCACUCCAGAUGUUCCGACUAGCAUCUCCUGCAGGCCAAGUUUCCUUUUGAAACUGUUGGUGUUUUUUAGACAAGAGGAUGCUCAGGAGUUCCUUAGCUUUAUCAUGGAUCAGAUGCAUGAUGAAUUACUUAAGCUUGAAGGACAAUCCCCAAGCAUUAACGGGCGUAAAUCAUCUCUUAUAUCUUCAGCAGAAGAUGAUGAAUGGGAGACAGUUGGCCCGAAGAAUACAUCUGCAGUAACCAGGACACAGAGUUUUGUUCCUUCAGAAUUGAGUGAUAUUUUUGGAGGACAAUCGAGAAGUGUGGUGAAGGCAAGAGGAAAUAAAGCUUCCGCUACUGUUCAGCCAUAUUUAUUGCUCCACCUUGAUAUUUACCCUGACGCUGUUUGUACCAUUGAAGAUGCACUUAAGUUGUAUUCUGCACCAGAAACUCUUGAGGGGUAUCGAACAUCAGCAGCUGGGAAGGCCGGUAUUGUGACUGCAACCAAAUCCAUACAGAUAAAGACACUUUCAAAGAUAAUGAUAUUGCACUUGAAGCGUUUUGGUUAUGGAAGUCAAGGAAGCACUAAGCUGAAUAAGCCUGUGCAUUUUCCACUUGAAUUGGUGUUGGGCCGUGAAUUGCUUGUUUCUCCAAAUACUGAGGGUCGAAAAUACAAACUCGUUGCUACAAUAACUCAUCACGGGAGCGAGCCGUCAAAGGGGCAUUAUACAACUGAUGCUCUCUAUGCCAAUGGUCAGUGGCUACGCUUUGAUGAUGCUUCGGUCACGGCAAUUGGGACUGGUAAAGUAUUGCAUAACCAGGCAUAUGUCCUCAUCUACAAACAAGUGUAAAACGACAGCUGGAACAAGUAAAAUACUGCAUGACCCGGCUUGUCUUCGCUUACAAGCAAUUGUGGAAGAAGGUAAACAUGGGGUACUUAGUUUAUGAGGUGUCACCACUUCUAUUGCCGAGGGGUCGAUGUUUUAAACUUCGGUCAAGUUCCCAUCUGAUCACCAAUGCAAGUGAAAAUGGCUGUAAUAAUUCAUUGAACUUGUCUGAUUGCAGCAGUUUUCAGUUUUGUUGUGAUGUAAUAUGUAUAUAUAUAUAGAGAGAGAGAGAGAGAGAGAGAGAGAGAGAGAGAGAGAGAGAGGCCGCUGCCCCUAAUUAUAUCAAGUGAAUGUUUUGAUAUUAAUUAUCAAUUAUAUCAAGUGAAUGCUGCUUAACAGUGUUUA